AUGUCGAGCACCACCUCAACCCUCCCAGACGAUGCCUUCCAAUCCUACGUCAUAGACUUCCUCCGCCAUGUCCCUCCGUCAGCCCUCAACAUUUCAGGCACAGCCCGCUCAGAGCUCGAGGCUCUUGCCGGCGAAUAUUACGAAACGAGCCAAGACCACAAAAUGCAGGAACUUCUCAUGGCUCUCCAUGCUCGUUACGAUCUGGUAAAGCUGGGCUUCUUCGAGAAACGUGCCCUUAACGAGAUCAUCGUUCGUGUCAACCAGGUUCGUUACAAUGUUGGUGCCUGGCCAGACAGCGGGUUUCGCAAGAAUACCACCGCCACGACCCCAGGAGCUCCACAGCAAGCACAGAUGAUGCCACAGCACAACUUAGUCACGCCUGAUCAAGUCACUGGCGAUCUUGUCGGAGUCGGAUCGAAGUUUCCCUUUGACAUCUCCAUGCCCGCGGAUUUCGAUACCAACAAUCUAGACACCGCGAAAGAAGAAGUUGGCAAAGUCAAGACACAACCUGAAGGCGAACAGAGCUACGUCGUGGGCUGGAAGACAGAGUUUCAGAUGACACCACGCGGGAUGGCUCUAGUGUACAAGCAGUCGCUCCGCCACGGAGGGACUGGGACUGGGACUGGGACUGUGAAAUGA